UUUGGCUUUGUUUAUUGGACAGCGUGAGAAAUUCUCUAACUUCGUCCAAUCCUAGGAUACCGAGCAUUAUUACUCUGUUUUUAGCGAAGGUGGCUGAUAUUUUCACUAAACCAGAGAGUAAUUUAUACAAGCCUCUUUAUAAAUUCAUUAUGUGCAAGCCAGCUUUAGACAUUGGACAAGUUCCUGAAUUCUUCACUUUGUUUAACAGCAUUGAAAUUGAGCACCGAAUUCAAAGAAUGUGGCUCUUAAAUCUUCUUGCAGAAGGUUUGCGUUCAAGUUUAGAUUUUCACGUUUGUGAAAAGCGUCACAUAGUUAGCACUGUUUUGUCACAUUACAAUAGUUCUCUUUCAACACAACAGGAAAAGAUUGCACUACUUGGCUUUCUGCAAUCAGCAGUACUGAUUGGAUCUUCUGCUAGGAUACUUUGCCAGAGCAAUUUAAUUUCGUGGCUUCAUGGAAUAAUCGAAACAAUAAAUUUAUCAGAUGUAGACAUUUUAAAGAAUAUAUGUUUACUGGUGAAAAAGCUGUGGAUUACUGUUCACAACAAGUGCACUUUCCAAAAGAAGACAAAUUCUGAUCCCACAGCAGAUCAGAGUUCAUCUUCAAGUGAUAAAAUUUCAAUGUACAUAUCAUUCCCUCAUGAAUUUUUGUUGAUGCUUCUCAGUAUUCUUAAAAAAGCAAGGCUCUUAGAUGCUGAAUAUUUAAGAAUUUAUCUUACUACACUGAAAUCUGUCUUGGACUUUGUGAAGAACUUCAAAGUGCAUGUCACAAUUUACACAUCUAGUUUAUCUUUCGAUCACAUGAUACAAAUUUAUGACUUGGGCACCAAGUUAUUGGAAAAAUCAAAAUGCUCAAAUUCGGACAUUUCUGAAGAAAUGUUAUACACUAAACAGUGUCUGUUGCUUCUUCAGAAAAUCACAUUACACUGGGUUCCAUUAUUAAAUAAGAAUGUCGCCGAGGAACACUACCAUCUAACCGCUUCUUUUGUGCUCAAGGUGUUGACAUUAAUAUUGCAUUUCAAUGAAGGAUCCCACACUCCUGAAGUGGCUGAGUGGUUGUAUAAUUGCUUACAAGAAGACAAAAAGUGCGUCGUACCAAAACUCAUAUUUUCGUCUGAAGGUGAGAUAUGUCUCAAUCUUAUUUUGAGACAGUUUGAGAUGUCAAUGUUAUACGAAGCUGAUUAUUUCCAGAAGCAAGAACAGUUGCAUUUGAAUGAAACAGAAAAAGUUCAUAAUGGCUGGAGGAAUGUUCUUCUCCAUUUCCAGAAAGUCUCUUUGUGUUCUAAUUUAAAAACUACCUGCAGCUUUUUCAAUGAAAUAUGUUCUGUGUUAUAG